GGUGGAGGGGGCGGAGGCUGUGGCGCUGCCCUCGCCGGCUGGGGCGGUGGCGGCGGCCGAGGAGGAGGAUGAGCCGCUGGCGUCCCCCCGCCUCCCGCUGCUGACGCCGCCGCCGCUCAGCUCAGCCUGCUGCGGGCUCAGCGCCGCGCCACCGGCCAUGGUCCCCAGCGAGGAAAACCAGCUCGUGCCCAAAGAGGUGGAAAGUGCUGCCGAGGAACCUAGGGUGCUCUGUAUAAUACAAGACACCACAAAUUCCAAGACAGUGAAUGAGCGCGUUACCUUGAACCUGCCAGCUUCCACGCCACUUAAAAGAUUGUUUGAAGAUGUGGCUUCAAAAGUGGGCUAUGUGAAUGGAACUUUUGAUUUAAUGUGGGGAAACGGAGAUAAUGUAACUGAUACGACUCCAAUAGAUCAGAACAGUGAAAAAACUAUUCUUGAUGCUGGUUUUGAGCCAGGAAAGAAGAACUUUCUACAUUUAACAGACAAAGAUGGUGAGCAGCCUCAUAUAAUUUCGGAGGAGUCGAGUACAACAGAUGACAAUGCACAAGACAGAUUUAUAGGCCCUCUACCAAGAGAAGGCUCUGUUGGAUGUACCACUGACUAUGUCAGUCAAAGCUAUUCUUAUUCUUCAGUCCUGAGCAAAUCAGAAACAGGUUAUGUGGGGCUAGUAAAUCAAGCAAUGACUUGCUACUUGAACAGCCUUCUACAAACACUUUUCAUGACUCCUGAAUUUAGAAAUGCAUUAUAUAAGUGGGAAUUUGAGGAAUCUGAAGAGGAUCCUGUGAUGAGUAUCCCCUACCAGCUUCAAAGACUGUUUGUUUUACUGCAGACCAGUAAAAAACGAGCAAUCGAAACAACAGAUGUUACACGGAGUUUUGGAUGGGAUAGUAGUGAGGCAUGGCAGCAGCAUGAUGUACAGGAACUUUGUAGAGUCAUGUUUGAUGCUUUGGAGCAGAAAUGGAAGCAAACAGAACAGGCUGAUCUUAUAAACCAACUGUAUCAAGGCAAACUGAAGGAUUAUGUAAGAUGUCUAGAAUGUGGCUAUGAAGGCUGGAGGAUCGACACGUACCUGGAUAUUCCAUUGGUCAUCCGUCCGUACGGUUCCAACCAGGCGUUUGCUAGCGUGGAAGAAGCACUGCAUGCUUUCAUUCAGCCUGAGAUUCUUGAUGGCCCCAAUCAGUAUUUUUGUGAAAGAUGUAAGAAGAAAUGUGAUGCAAGGAAGGGUCUGCGGUUCCUGCAUUUUCCAUAUCUACUGACAUUACAGCUGAAGAGAUUUGACUUUGAUUAUACCACUAUGCACAGAAUUAAACUUAACGAUCGUAUGACUUUUCCUGAGGAGUUAGACAUGAGUGUCUUCAUUGAUGUUGAGGAUGAGAAGUCUCCUCAGACUGAGAGUUGCACUGAUAGUGGAGCUGAAAAUGAAGGCAGUUGUCAUAGUGAUCAGAUGAGCAAUGAUUUUUCUAAUGAUGAUGGAGUUGAUGAAGGAAUCUGCCUCGAAAGCAAUAGUGCAGCAGAAAGAAUUUCUAAAGCUGGAAAUGAAAAGAGUUCUUUACUGUAUGAGCUCUUCUCUGUUAUGGUUCAUUCUGGAAGUGCUGCUGGUGGGCAUUAUUAUGCCUGUAUAAAAUCUUUUAGUGAUGACCAGUGGUACAGUUUUAAUGAUCAGCAUGUUAGUAAGAUAACUCAAGAAGAUAUUAAGAAAACAUAUGGUGGAUCUUCUGGAAGCAGAGGAUAUUAUUCCAGUGCUUUUGCUAGCUCCACAAAUGCGUACAUGCUAAUAUAUAGACUGAAGGAUCCAAUGAGAAAUGCAAAGUUUCUUGAGGCACAUGAGUAUCCAGAGCAUAUUAAGCAAUUGGUACAGAAAGAGAGGGAAUUGGAAGAACAAGAAAAGAGACAACGAGAAAUUGAGCGCAACACUUGCAAGAUUAAAUUGUUCUGCAUGCAUCCCACAAAACAGCUAAUGAUGGAGAACAAAUUAGAGGUUCAUAAGGACAGGACACUGAAGGAAGCUGUGGAAAUAGCUUACAAGCUAAUGGAUUUGGAAGAGGCUGUUCCUUUGGAUUGCUGUCGUCUUGUCAAAUAUGAUGAGUUUCAUGACUACUUGGAACGGUCAUACGAAGGAGAAGAAGAUACACCAAUGGGUUUAUUACUUGGAGGUGUCAAAUCAACGUACAUGUUUGACCUACUGUUGGAAACAAGAAGACCUGACCAAGUUUUCCAGUGCUAUAAACCUGGUGAGGUCAUGGUAAAGGUUCAUGUAGUUGACCUGAAGACUGAAUCUGUUGCUCCUCCAAUAAGUGUACGAGCUUAUUUGAAUCAAACAGUUUCAGAAUUUAAACAGCUAAUUUCCAAGGCAACGCACCUGCCUGCUGAAACAAUGCGGGUGGUGUUAGAACGUUGCUACAAUGACUUGCGUCUUCUGAAUGUUUCCAGCAAAACACUGAAAGCUGAAGGCUUUUUUAGAAGCAACAAGGUAUUUAUUGAAAGCUCAGAGUCUUUAGAUCGUCAUGUGGCAUAUACAGAUUCUCAUUUAUGGAAACUUUUGGAUCGCCAUGCAAAUACAAUCAGACUGUAUGUUUCAUUACCAGAGCAAUCACCUGGAUCUCAAUUUAGACGAACAGUUUAUCAGAAGCCUAGUGGAGAUACAGGCAACUUGGAUGAAGCCUGUGAAAGAGUAAAAGGACCUGUAGGCAAUAUGAAGUCUGUAGAAGCGAUUCUGGAAGAAAGCACUGAAAAGCUUAAAAGCUUGUCCCUGCAGCAGCAGCAGGAAGGAGAUAAUGGAGACAGCAGCAAAAGCACAGAAGCCAGUGAUUUUGAGAACAUUGAAUCACCUUUAAAUGAAAUAGACUCUUCAACAUCAGCAGAAAACAGAGAGCUUGAAAACCAAAUUCAGAUUUCUGACCCAGAAAAUCUCCAGUCUGAGGAACGAUCAGAUUCCGAUGUAAAUAAUGACAGGAGUACGAGCUCAGUGGACAGUGAUAUCCUCAGCUCCAGUCACAGCAGUGAUACUUUAUGCAAUGUGGACAAUGCCCCGCUUCCUUUGGCUAACGGACUUGAUUCUCAUAGUAUCACAAGUAGUAGACGAUCAAAAGCAAAUCAGGGGAAGAAAGAAACAUGGGACACAGCAGAAGAAGAUUCUGGAACAGAUAGUGAAUAUGAUGAAAGUGGCAAGAGCAGAGGAGAAGCACAAUAUAUGUACUUUAAGUCGGAACCAUACGCUGCAGAUGAAGGUUUGGGAGAAGGACAAAAAUGGCUGAUGGUGCACGUUGAUAAAAGAAUUACACUAUCUGCCUUCAAGCAACACUUGGAGCCUUUCGUUGGAGUUCCGUCUUCUCACUUCAAAGUGUUUAGAGUCUAUGCCAGUAAUCAGGAGUUCGAGAGUGUUCGGCUGAAUGAGACACUUUCUUCAUUUUCUGAUGACAAUAAGAUAACUAUUAGACUUGGAAGAGCCCUUAAGAAGGGUGAAUACAGAGUCAAAGUCUAUCAGCUUUUGGUAAAUGAGCCAGAGCCGUGCAAGUUUCUUCUAGAUGCAGUUUUUGCUAAAGGAAUGACUGUCCGGCAGUCAAAAGAGGAGCUGCUUCCUCAGCUUCGAGAACAAUGUGGCCUAGACCUGACAAUUGACAGGUUUCGCCUAAGAAAGAAAACCUGGAAGAACCCAGGCACUGUGUUUCUGGAUUAUCAUAUCUAUGAGGAAGAUAUCAAUAUUUCAAGCAAUUGGGAGGUCUUCUUAGAAAUACUUGAUGGAGUAGAAAAGAUGAAAUCUAUGUCGCAACUUGCUGUUUUAUCGAGACGAUGGAGGCCAUCAGAGAUGAAGCUGGAUUCUUUCCAGGAAGUAGUACUAGAAAGCAGCAGUGUUGAAGAAUUAAAAGAGAAGCUGAGUGAAAUAAGUGGAAUACCCUUAGAAAACAUUGACUUUGCAAAGGGUAGAGGAACGUUUCCAUGCGACAUUUCUGUACUAGAGAUUCACCAGGACUUGGACUGGAAUCCUAAAGUAUCUACAUUGAAUGUCUGGCCUCUGUACAUUUGUGAUGAUGGUGCAGUAAUAUUUUAUAGGGAUAAAACUGAAGAAUUAAUGGAAUUAUCAGAUGAGCAGAGAAAUGAACUGAUGAAAAAAGAAAGCAGCAGACUCCAGAAAACUGGACACCGGGUAACCUACUCUCCUCGUAAAGAAAAAGCACUAAAAAUUUAUCUGGACGGAGCACCAAAUAAAGAUUUGACUCAAGACUGAUACUCACUAUAGCAUUUUCCCUGGGGAAUUUUUUUUGUUUAAAAUAAAAAGGUUCACUACUACUGUGUAGUGCCAUUACGGCAGGACAUUCAUUAGGUGUAAAGCGCUGACACCAGCACUGGUUGGGCCGUGUUACCAAUCAGAAGCACAGUGCCCAGUGGGUCACUGCUUGACUUGGAAUCAUGUUGUGCACUAUAGUCAAAUGUACUGUAAAGCUAAAAGGGAUGUGCAAAUAAAAGAUUAGAACUAAAAAGCGGGCGGGGAGGGAAACGAGUGGAAAUUGUUGAGGAUAGUGUGCACAUAGUAGCUAGUGAAACUAGCCUCAAACAGGAUACUGAUAGCUUAAUAAUAAAAGCUGUGCAAAGGCCAUGAAAGAAUCCUUUUUUCUGUUUGUCUCACUGAUACACGCAUUACCUCAUCAGAGAGUCUGAAGUUAAAUGUUAACACAUUGGUUCUAGAAAAGCAGCAGAAAAGGAUUGAAGAUGAAAUGGAAAUGCUGCCGAUGUAAGGUUUUAUACUAUUCUUCCAUAAACCCAGGUAGUCAGAGAGAUGUCUGCAGAAAGCUGCCAGCAGGUGUUGGUUCAGUUGGCAGAAGUGCUGUUGUAAGGUAAAUGGUUUUUAAUAGGUGAUGGGAGUCGAUGAGCAGCUCUGAUACUGUGUUCAAUGUGUAAAUAAAACUUGCCCUAUCCAUUUAACAGAACUGCAAUUCAGCUAUUUACCAUGGUAUUUCUUUUCACAUAUCAACAUUCAUUGUGUACAUUUGGAAGUAUAGUUGCCUAUUUAAAUUUGUAUUCAUUUGAUGUUUCACAAUGCUGGGUACUUUAGGGUUGUAUUUCCCCUUGUUCAUGAAGUUUUUGUUUUGUUCAGCUACUUUUUGUACAUUUUGUUUUUGAGACUAUUACAAGUUUGCAUCUUCUCCACCCACUGAAAGUCAUUUUAUUUUUCCCAGAGUUGAUUCUGUAGCUAUGUGUAGUCAAAUACUGGGGCAAUCUCUAACACCUCAACAUACAAACUUGGUAGUUCAGGUCGUGGUGCAAAGACUGAUGCAGUCAACAUGAUUUCAUUGCAAAGCCUAGGAACAGCAAUUUUUUGCUUUGGUCCAUAAAGAUCAAUAGAGGACAAUUCUCCGUAGUUUUUGGAAAAGCACCUAAUUUAUAACAAUCAAAAGAUUUUGGUAAACUUUUUCAUGCCAGAUGCUGUUUACAACAAUGAACAUGCCAAUAAAACAUUUGUUCAUUCUGUUGUGUUAUUUUAAUCAUUAAA